AUGACGGCGAUUUUAUGGCUAGUCCUGGUAGCGAGCGUUUCAGCCGACAUCUACAGCUGUGGCGGAUUUGUAAAGUCAAGUGUACCGAUAGAUUACUCGAAAGUACAGGUAAAACUCCUCACUCCUGAAGGGCAUCUCAAACAUGAAGAAGAAUGUAAUCCACGGAAUGGUUACUAUAUGAUUCCAGUGUAUAAUAAGGGCCAAUACUCUCUGAAAGUAUCUGCACCAGAAGGAUGGUAUUUCGAACCAGAAACAGUUGACUUCAAGCUUGAUGGCGUGAAUGAUCCCUGUACUAAGAAUGAAGAUAUCAACUUCUCAUUAACAGGGAAAUAUGAAGUGUCUACAGGAGCCGAUUCAUCUGUGUGUAUCAGCCAUGGCAAGGCUGUGGUCGAGGUCUGUAUUUUUUUCCCAAUGAGUUCGGUUCUGCUCGGGUGGAUGGUGCGUUGA